AUGAUGAACGUCAUAUUGGUUGGCGCGACGGGCGCAGUCGGGGGUGAGUUAUUGAAGGCUGCUCCCCAGUUCGGGAUUGAUCGACUGUGUGUGUUGGUACGUCGUGAGUUGGAGACGAGUGGUUUUGCGAAUGAGGAGUGGUACAAGACUCACUUGGUGGUGAAGAAGGUGUCGUUUGACAAUGUGGAGGCAGCGGUGGCGGUGGGGGUGGAGGCACUGGGUGGCAAGGUUACGCACUGCAUUAGCAGUUUAGGUACGACGAAGGCGAAGGCGAAGACGGCUGAAGGGUUUAAGAAGAUUGACUAUUACCUUAACUACGAGAUUGCUAAGGCGGCAGUCAAGGCUGGCGCUCAACAUUACAGCAUAGUCUCUACCCUUGGCGCCAACGCUAACAGUAACUUCCUGUACACCCAGACAAAGGGUCAACUCGAUGAAGACGUCCAGAAACUCGGCUUCGCUACCGUCAGCAUCUUCAGGCCACCCCUUAUACUCACUGAAGGACGCAACGAAAGCAGACCCCUCGAAGCCGUACUACAAGCUUGCAGCAAAUGGACCGACCGAGGUGGCUGGUGGAGCAUACAUGCCUCCAAAAUCGCACUCGCCAUCUGGGCCGUGGCGCAAACAUAUACCCUUAGUCACAGCACUCAAGACAACACCCCAAAUAUUUCUGACGACAACACCACACAGACUACCGUCACCAAGAUCUAUGACCCCAAGCUCAUUAAAGAAGCCGCGCGCGACUGGGAGAAGGAA